GCUCCCAUGCGAACUCAAGGAAGACCAGGGACCUUCAAGAAAACGAUGUUCUGGAGUUAGCCCUGACCACUCCCAUUAACACCCCCCAACACCCACCCCCACACACUGACGGACACACACAUAUCCUGGGAAAAGAACCCUAAGCAGAGCCUUGAGGACGCGGAAGGCUCCCCGCCCCCGCGGAGCUCCGCCCUCAGCCCCUCCCCCUGCAGGUGCUUGUCCCGCCCCCGCGGGGGGUCGCGGACGCCGGGAAGAGGCUCGCAGGGGUCUGCGCGCGUCCGGCGAGGGCGAGGACGGUGAGGGGACGCUGCCGUGUGCCUGCAGGCGACCCUGCGCAGGGAAAGUCGGCGGCGGGGACGUGCUCCUGGACGCUGCCAGCCACACAAUGAACGACCUGGACACAGAGGUACUGCCCUUGCCGCCACGGUAUAGAUUCCGUGACCUGCUUUUAGGAGACCAGACAUUCCCGAACGACGACAGGCUUCAUGUGGAAGAUUUCAGCCUGGACUCUUCCCUUUCUCAGGUCCAGGUGGAAUUCUAUGUCAAUGAGAACACCUUCAAAGAACGCCUCAAGCUGUUCUUCAUCAAAAACCAGAGAUCCAGCCUGAGGAUCCGGCUGUUCAACUUCUCCCUCAAGCUCCUCACCUGCCUGCUGUACAUUGUCCGUGUCCUGCUCGACAACCCAGACCAGGGCAUCGGAUGCUGGGGCUGCACGAAGUAUAACUACACGUUCAAUGGUUCGUCCUCGGAGUUCCACUGGGCUCCCAUCCUGUGGGUGGAGAGGAAAAUGGCUCUGUGGGUGAUCCAGGUCAUUGUGGCCACAAUAAGCUUCUUAGAGACCAUGCUCCUCAUUUACCUCAGCUACAAAGGCAACAUCUGGGAGCAGAUAUUCCAUGUGUCUUUCGUCUUGGAGAUGAUCAACACACUGCCCUUCAUCAUCACGGUCUUCUGGCCACCUCUCCGGAACCUGUUCAUCCCUGUGUUUCUCAACUGCUGGCUGGCCAAGCACGCCCUGGAGAACAUGAUCAAUGACUUCCACCGUGCCAUCCUGCGCACACAGUCAGCCAUGUUCAACCAGGUGCUCAUCCUGUUCUGCACCCUGCUGUGCCUGGUCUUCACAGGGACCUGUGGGAUUCAGCACUUAGAGCGGGCAGGUGGCAACUUGAACUUGCUGACCUCCUUCUACUUCUGCAUUGUGACUUUCUCAACCGUGGGCUUCGGUGAUGUGACACCCAAGAUCUGGCCAUCCCAGCUCCUGGUGGUCAUCCUGAUCUGUGUCACCCUUGUGGUGCUCCCACUGCAGUUUGAAGAGCUUGUCUACCUCUGGAUGGAGCGGCAGAAGUCAGGGGGCAACUAUAGCCGCCACCGAGCACGGACAGAGAAGCAUGUGGUCCUGUGUGUGAGCUCCCUCAAGAUCGAUCUCCUCAUGGAUUUCCUGAAUGAGUUCUAUGCCCACCCCCGUCUCCAGGACUACUACGUGGUCAUCCUGUGUCCCUCGGAAAUGGAUGUCCAGGUGCGCAGGGUCCUACAGAUUCCCCUGUGGUCCCAGCGUGUCAUCUACCUCCAGGGCUCUGCCCUCAAGGACCAGGACCUCAUGCGAGCUAAGAUGGACAACGGAGAGGCCUGCUUUAUCCUCAGCAGCAGGAAUGAGGUGGACCGCACAGCUGCGGAUCACCAGACCAUCCUUCGAGCCUGGGCUGUGAAAGACUUUGCCCCCAACUGCCCCCUCUAUGUCCAGAUUCUCAAGCCCGAAAACAAGUUUCACGUCAAAUUUGCUGACCAUGUGGUGUGCGAGGAAGAGUGCAAGUACGCCAUGCUGGCCCUGAACUGCAUCUGCCCGGCCACCUCCACCCUCAUCACCCUGCUGGUGCACACAUCCCGUGGCCAGGAAGGACAGGAGUCACCAGAGCAGUGGCAGCGCAUGUACGGGCGCUGCUCGGGCAACGAGGUGUACCACAUUCGCAUGGGUGACAGUAAAUUCUUCCGGGAGUAUGAGGGCAAGAGCUUCACCUACGCAGCCUUCCACGCGCACAAGAAGUAUGGGGUGUGCCUCAUUGGGCUGAAACGUGAAGAGAACAAGAGUAUCCUGCUGAACCCGGGGCCACGGCACAUCCUGGCCGCCUCUGACACCUGCUUCUAUAUCAAUAUUACCAAGGAGGAGAACUCAGCUUUCAUCUUCAAGCAGGAGGAAAAGCAGAAGAGGCGGGGCCUGGCAGGGCAGGCACUUUACGAAGGGCCCUCCCGGCUCCCAGUGCACAGCAUCAUCGCCUCUAUGGGGACAGUGGCCAUGGACCUGCAGAACACAGAUUGCCGGCCCUCCCAGGGUGGCAGUGGUGGGGGCGGCGGCAAGCUGACUCUGCCCACUGAGAACGGCUCUGGCAGUCGGCGUCCCAGCAUCGCACCCGUUCUGGAGUUGGCAGACAGCUCAGCCCUGUUGCCCUGCGACCUGCUGAGUGACCAAUCAGAGGAUGAGGUGACACCCUCAGACGACGAGGGGCUCUCUGUGGUUGAGUAUGUGAAGGGCUACCCUCCCAACUCACCCUACAUUGGCAGCUCCCCGACUUUAUGCCACCUCUUGCCUGUAAAGGCCCCCUUCUGCUGCCUGCGACUGGAUAAGGGCUGCAAACACAACAGCUAUGAGGAUGCCAAGGCCUACGGGUUCAAGAACAAGUUGAUCAUCGUCUCUGCUGAGACGGCAGGCAACGGGCUCUACAACUUCAUCGUGCCUCUGCGUGCCUACUACCGGUCCCGCCGGGAGCUCAACCCCAUUGUGCUGCUGCUUGACAACAAGCCUGACCACCACUUCCUGGAGGCCAUCUGCUGCUUCCCCAUGGUCUACUACAUGGAGGGAUCCGUGGACAACCUGGACAGCUUGCUGCAGUGUGGCAUCAUCUAUGCUGACAAUCUGGUGGUGGUGGACAAGGAGAGUACCAUGAGCGCUGAAGAGGACUACAUGGCAGAUGCCAAGACCAUUGUCAACGUGCAGACCAUGUUCAGGCUUUUCCCCAGUCUCAGCAUCACCACGGAGCUCACGCACCCUUCCAACAUGCGGUUCAUGCAGUUCCGGGCCAAGGACAGCUACUCUCUGGCUCUUUCCAAACUUGAAAAGCAAGAACGGGAGAAUGGCUCCAACCUGGCCUUCAUGUUCCGCCUGCCAUUUGCUGCUGGUCGGGUGUUUAGUAUCAGCAUGUUGGAUACGCUGCUCUACCAGUCCUUCGUGAAGGACUACAUGAUCACCAUCACCAGGCUGCUGCUGGGCCUUGACACGACGCCAGGCUCUGGCUACCUCUGUGCUAUGAAGGUAACUGAGGAUGACCUGUGGAUCCGUACUUAUGGCCGCCUCUUCCAGAAACUCUGCUCCUCCAGCGCUGAGAUCCCCAUCGGCAUCUACAGGACCGAGUGCCAUGUCUUCUCCUCUGAGCCUCAUGACCUCAGAGCCCAGUCUCAGAUCUCGGUGAACAUGGAGGAUUGCGAGGACACUCGGGAGGCCAAGGGGCCCUGGGGCACACGGGCUGCGUCUGGCGGUGGCAGCACCCAUGGCCGUCACGGGGGCAGUGCUGACCCGGUGGAGCACCCACUACUGCGCCGCAAGAGCCUGCAGUGGGCCCGCAAGCUGAGCCGCAAGAGCAGCAAGCAGGCGGGGAAGGCACCCAUGACCACAGACUGGAUCACCCAGCAGCGACUCAGCCUGUACCGGCGCUCAGAGCGCCAGGAGCUCUCGGAGCUGGUCAAGAACCGAAUGAAGCACCUGGGGCUGCCCACCACUGGCUACGAGGACGUAGCAAAUUUAACAGCCAGUGAUGUGAUGAAUCGGGUAAACCUGGGAUAUUUGCAAGAUGAGAUGAAUGAUCAUCACCAGAACACCCUUUCCUAUGUACUCAUCAACCCCCCGCCAGACACAAGACUGGAGCCCAACGAUAUUGUGUACCUCAUCCGUUCCGACCCCCUGGCCCACGUGACCAGCAGCUCCCAGAGUCGGAAAAGCAGCUGCAGCAACAAACUGUCAUCCUGUAAUCCUGAGACCCGGGAUGAGACCCAGCUCUGAGCCCCAUUCUGAGGCGGACAGGUGGACGCGGGAGAAUAGAGGGGACAUUGUCACGGGCCAGCCUGGGCCAAGCAGGCUGCAUUAUGACUUUAUACAGUGGUUCCAAGACUUGCCCCCAGAAAGGAAAUCCUCUCAGUGGGGCCAACAGUGAGACCACCGGACCACCCUGGAAAUUGGCAUGAGACAUUUUUUAACCUAUUUUUACAAAUCUGAAUGAUUUGCAUCUCCUUACAUAGCUGUACCACAACUCGUGACUAGGGUCUGGCUUAAGUGUGAAGCAGGCAGGCAGAACAAGGACUGGACACUACCCUGGAUCCUACAGUCUCUCAUGGCUUCACUCAGCAAUGUCUGAAGGGGUGCUGGGGUGCAUGGGAGAAGGAAUGACCUGGAACUGCAGAGUUCCACAGAGGACUGAGAAGUCCUCCUGCAUGGAAACCAACUGUACUCUGUAGCCAUUCAACAUGCUGUUCUGAUCAGAGCUUCUGCAUGGCUCUGGGACUACACCACGGCCUAUGGGGUGCCUCUCCCCAGAACCAGGCAAGGGGCUAACCACUAAAGGUGCCGUGCCCUUUAAGAGGAGAAAAACAGGGGCUUAGAACCCUGGUCAGGAGACCCCACCCUGAACCUGAGCUCUGCAGCCCCCUGCAUGAGUGGAGGGGGGAUUAUAGUGGAUCCUCAAGUUCUGAGGCUGUGACUAUGAAAGUCACACUUGAGCUUCCCCAGCCAUAGCCUUUGGGGACACAGAUGGCAGAUGGUGUGUCUCUGUGGAUCAUUUCACACUCAAAGCAAGUCUUGUCUCUAAAACUCCUGAUCUGAGAAGCACAAUUAGCUCUGGGCCCUGGCCAUGCCUCAGGUCUCCAGGGAUUCCUCCAGGCAGCUGACUUCAUUCUUGUUUAUGGUUUGUAUGAUCAGAACCGGAACCUUCUAUUAAAAUGGAUACAUCCUGCAGUCAUGCAUGGAACAGACAGCCCAUCAUGGCUCUGGGACGGUGGGUGUGGCGAUGGCUGAGGCUCACCUGUUUUAGGGUUAGAACUGCCUCAUGUAUUCCUCACCCCAGCCUUCACAGACUAACUCCCAACCUCUGGCAUGGCCAGCAUGGCCUUCCCAACACAGUAAUAUAAUCCUCUGUGUUGCAGGUGACUAGGCCUAGGCAGCUGCCCCAGGGUGUAUGGGGAUGUCGUGCCCAGAGGACCCCUUGACAAGCUGUUCAUUAGCUUCCCCCUAUGGUCCAGCAUGUCCCAGAGGUAGGCCCAACUCACCUAAGACCCUAAACUCCCGUGGAAAUGCGCCCUCACCCCACACUUGGGAGGAAGGUGCCUUGAUGUGACUAUGUGAACCUCUUCUCUUGGGGUGCUUUUUGAGUGUCCUGAAAGGUUGGGGUGAAGGAAUGGACCCUCAGGUGAGCAGGAGAUAGGUCAAGGCAGUUGCUACAGCUUGCCUGAGUACUUGCACCUAAUUCUCCCCUCCCCAUAGCCUGCCUGCAAGUCCAGCCUUCCUACCGCCACUUGGUGCCUGUCGGAACCUUCUUGCUCACAAAGUGUGCAUGAGUCCUGGUGAGAUGUAGUGGGACAGAGUUGACUCUAAGGACUCAGGGAAGAAGUUUUGGGGCUUGGGUAGAGAAGCAGGUGGUUUACACAGGAGUUGGGUGGCCAGGACUUCCCUAGGCUGGGGUCUGUCGAUGGCCAUCACCCUGCAGCAGGAGGUCUGAGUCUAUCCUCACAUUCUACCUCCCUGCUCAGCCGCCUGCCUGGCUGCUGAGCCCAGAGAACCAGGAAAGCUGGCCCUCAUCUAGAAGGAUCUGAACAGCCCGCUGUCCAUGCUGGCAGAGCUGCCACUUGCUCAUCUGCAGCAUGGAAACACAUUCUCAGUCUCAGGGUGUGGGGGUGGGGGUGGGGGUGUGGGUGUGGGUGUGGGGACAGCGCACUCCUCCCAGGGGUAUAGGCAGAUACUUCCAGCCCAGCCUUUGCUAGCUUUUAAAGAUGCCUGGCCCCGGGGCUAGCCUGGCCAGGAGGAUGUGUGUGCCGAGAUACCAGUCACCAGGUCAAUAAAAGCCACCUGCACACCUGGAACUCACCACAGCUUCCACUGCCUUCAUCUCCAGGCCUGGAAGACAGACUGUCUCCCGCUGUCCUUGGACACCAUUGACUCUCCCAGCCCUUGUACCCCACAGGCCUUCAGGGCUCUCAUGAGACAAAGGGUCUGGCCUUUAAAGGGAGUCAGAAUUUAAACAGCAACAGAAUGUUCAAGGUAUACAAAAUUAGCAGGAAGCCUUUUAUUUUUGUGUUCCUAACUAACUACUUGGAAUUGUAGCUCAAAAUAGUGUCCCAGAUGCUGUAGCCUGUGCUUAAGUGAACCUGACAGGAGUGUUGUGAGGGCAGCUGAGUCUGGGAGCCUGGGAAGUUUGUGUUUGCUGCAGGUUCUAGGCUGUCUCAGUAACACAUAUUUACAGAUGGGCAAUGACAGACAGAGAUAGGAACACUAAGUUUAAGUGCUUAGUGCAGAAAAAUGGGAAGGGCAGAGACAGAGACCAAGGCAAAACUUAAAACACUUGCACACACAGGUAGCACCAAUCCAGUGACACAUCUGCCACACCUUCUGAGGGUAGCUUCAGUGGGCAGUGACAAGACAGACACAAUGGACAGAAAGAAGACUCUGAGACAUGACCCAUUCCCCAAGCCCUCUCACUCCACCAACCCCAUGUACCUCAUGCUGCAAGGCAUCUCUUGGGGAAAGAUUCCAAAAAGUAUGUGACGAGAACCCCCAGGCUGUACUCCGCCCCACCAUGCUCUCACCCCACCAUUCUGACCCCUCAUCCUAGGCCCCACAGAGUCACAGCACAAUGCCCUGGAAAGGACCUUUUUAAACUCCAAGUCAGAUUUUCCUGCUGGGUAAGUUCCAUUAGGAAGACAGUGCGGCAUACAAAGCGGAAUUGCAUUUGGAGAUGGGAACAGUGUUGCUGUAGGAAGCUCAGCUCAUUUUGUCUUCCCUCCUAAGGCAGGUUCCUGGAGAAUGGAGUUCUCUCUGUGCCCAAUGCUCACUGUACACAGAGCAGAUACAUGCCUUCGGUGUCAAUAAACGUUUGGGGUGUAGUAA